UGUAGGCUGUCAUGUGACCCCCAAUGAUCGAAAACCAGGAAGAGGCGCCGUGUGGAGCGGAUGGAGCUGCUCCGGGACGGAGGAGAGAGUCGGGUGAUGAACACGGGUAGUGUCCGAUGAGUGAAAGCCGCGCUGCUUUUCUUUUCACAUCACAGGGGGACCGGAACACCACUGAGGAGACUGCAGGCUGCCAUAGGUGUGCGUGCUGUAUAGAGACAUGGACGCAGCAACCCUCACCUAUGACACGCUCCGUUUUUCUGAUGCACCUGACUUUCCAGAAACUGCAGAGCCAGUAUGGAUACUGGGGAAGAACUACAGUGCAUUGACAGAAAAGGAGGAGAUUCUGAAUGAUGUUACAUCGAGACUGUGGUUUACAUACCGGAGGAACUUUCCACCAAUAGGAGGAACAGGACCAACCUCUGACACCGGCUGGGGCUGUAUGUUACGCUGUGGACAGAUGAUAUUUGCUCAAGCUGUGAUGUGUAGGCACGUAGGAAGAGAUUGGAGAUGGGACAAACAGAAACCACGGGGAGAAUACCUCAGUAUCCUGACUGCUUUUCUAGACAAGAAAGAUAGUUACUAUUCCAUUCAUCAGAUUGCUCAAAUGGGAGUGGGCGAAGGGAAGUACAUCGGACAGUGGUACGGCCCAAACACAGUGGCACAGGUGUUAAGAAAACUCACUGCUUUUGACCAGUGGAGUUCAAUAGCUGUUCACAUCGCCAUGGAUAAUACAGUUGUCACUGAGGAAAUAAGGCGGGUGUGCAGGACAGGAAAUUGUGGGGCUGGACCACUGUGCAAUGGUCAUGCUGGAGCCUCUGAAUCGGACAUGCCAUGGAAGCCUCUUGUUUUACUCAUACCUCUCAGACUGGGUCUAAGUGAGAUAAAUGAAGCCUAUAUUGAGACCCUGAAGCACUGCUUCAUGCUACCCCAGUCAUUAGGUGUUAUUGGUGGUCGACCCAAUAGUGCUUAUUACUUCAUAGGAUAUGUGGGGGAUGAGCUGAUUUACUUGGAUCCUCACACUACACAGCUCUCUGUGGAGCCCAGUGACAGUGGAGAUAUAAUAGAUGAUAGCUUUCACUGUCAGCAUCCUCCAUGUCGAAUGCAUGUGUCUGAGAUUGACCCCUCUAUUGCAGUGGGAUUCUUCUGCAAUUCUGAGGAGGAUUUUGAUGAUUGGUGUCAACGCAUCAGAAAGUUAUACCUUACUAAUGGAGCCUUACCUAUGUUUGAGGUGGUGGAUCAGUUGCCUAUUCAUUUGUCCAAUCCGGAUGUACUUAAUCUUACACCAGAUUCCUCAGAUGCCGAUCGCCUUGACAGGUUCUUUGAUUCUGAAGAUGAAGAAUUUGAAAUUUUAUCUUUUUGAAACAAAAAAUAAAUGACAAUGGACAGUGGGAGCGCUUUUUAGGUUGGUAAAAAAAAACGCUAAAUGUUUCUAAAUAAAAUGGAUGGGAAAGCUUCCUUGUGGUUUGUAAACUGAAUUUUGCUGGUUAUUUUUAAUUUUUUUUGGAGAAUCUGGAUUUUUCCACUUGCCAAUUCCCAUAAAAAAGAAUAUUGGACACUAAAUCCUGAGUUGUAAUGCAGUGCCUACCACUGGGCUGACCAGACCUGUCAGGAUUCAGUGCCAUGCUUUGGCUCCAUUACAUUCCAUGCAGAAGGAAUCCACCGUAUGAGUCCAUUAAUCGACCAGCAAGAAAAGGAAAGAAGUCUGCAAGUACUAACUGAUGGGCACCAUGACUGGCCAUCCUUUUUAAAGGAGCAAUGAAAAGUGGUAUGCCGCUGGGACAUUUUUAAGGCUGGAGAAUUUAAUAAAUAUUAUGUAAGUGUAAGAGUUGUGGUGACUGUAAUACACAUCUUCACUAUUCAGCCCAAGCUUUUAUAUGAACUUUUGGCAGCAAAAUGCUGGAUUUGUGUAACGAUCUGUGGCUUUCAGACGAUGGUCAAGUAGUAGCUAGGUGAGGUGUGCUGUUUACACGUGUACAUGUACCAGUCCUAUAUACACAGUGGAAGGAGAAGCUUCGGAAGUGUCUCCACUGUGUGAAGAUGACACACAAAGCUCAUACAUAUGCUGUUGCUUUAAGGGUACUUACAAUUAAAAUAUGUGUUUAGAAAAUGGCAUAGGAUGGAGAACUGUGUCGGUUACCAUUUUGGCCUUUUUUUUCUUUUAUAAACGGUUUGCACUGGGAGGAUGUUCGAAGGACCAUGUGUGUGUUUUUUUUUUUUCGUUUUUUUUUGGAAUGUGGUUUGACAGUAUGCUGUAACCAUUACAACUAUGACAGUUCAAGUUUGGUGUAUUCAGACAUAUAUUGUAGUACAGCAAUGCCCAUUAUUUAUAGGUAACCUACAAAGGUUACCAUAAACUUAUUUAAACCUGUAUUAUUUUGCUUUUAAUACUUAAAAAUCAUUUAACUUGUCUCCAGCAUAUAAUAAAGUUUGUGCCACCUAAUGUA